AUGCUCUUUCACCAUUCCUUGCAACGGCAGUUUGACCAGUCGGGGCCUCAUUCAACUGCUGCUGUGGCUGCAAGUUCUGCUUCUGCCACAAACACCCCUGCAUCAGCAGCAGCCAGCGCUGCCCAUGCUCAGCUCUCGCACCCUUCUCUCCAUAGUUCCUCAACGACGCCCUACAGCUCGUUUCAACAUUACAACAAACUACCACAACCACAAACGCAACAGUCCGGUUUCGCGCAAGGAGCCAUGUCAAGUCGUCCAUUAUCAUUAUAUCGUGGACACUCAUCACCCUCGUUAAUACCUGUUCCGUCCCAGCAUACCUACCAAGAGAACCUGCUUCGCCGCAAGACGCCUCAAGGAACAUUGGCCGCUGCCUACGAUGCUACCCCAAUAGAGUGGUCAACAGUCAGACCGACAAAACAAAUUCUACUUCCAAUACCACAAUCUAAUGUUCAACAACAACAGCAAUAUCUUCAACUUGAUCAAAGUCCUCGAUGGCAAGGCGUUGGGACCCAGGGAAAUCAGUCAUGGGAGGGGACGCUGGCGCUCAGAGGGGCCGAUAUAAAUUUGGGAAGCGGCUGUAUGGAUCCGACGAUAAUGUGGUCUACCAACUGCAACAAUCAGAUUCAGAUGCCAGUAAAUGACAACUUGGAUCCAUACGUGCGUGAAUUUCUCGUACGACAAGAACAAAUGCAUCCUAUAGCAGCGGACAACAUUUAUGCUGGUGGAAAACCAUAUGGUUUCCAGGCGUACUAUAACCCUAUUACCCCCCCAACAGCUUCAUGUGAGGACAUUAAUGGUUUUAUGGAUAUUGGUCACUACAAUGAUGUUCCUCGGGAUAGUAAUUUUUAUGGCCAUUAUGGCGCUUGGGGAAACGGUAAUCCCGCUCAAAACCAACUUCCACAAGCACCAAUCUACCAGAUAAAUUCCAUAUAUAAUCCGCCCCAACAAAUUGACAAUGCAAACAUUUGGCAACACCAAAUUCCCGCAGUGGACUCUGUAUCGGUACCAUUUCCGCAACACCUAACGGCCCAAUAUGGCCUGUCAAUCCCGCCAGCAGGUACCCCCGAGGCCCAGCUUCAACACCUUCAGCUUGACACGCAAUCACACGGCAUGAUGAUCCCGAACCGAGUAAAUCGCGAUAAAGUGUUGGCAUGGGCCCAUGGUGUGUAUGUCAAACUCUUAGCGUCGGUGCAAGAGCAACACCGACCAACGGAGGCCCGUGCACAACCCGUGGACAGAUCACGUGUUAAUAAUGGAUCAUCGAAGCCGAGCAUGUAUCGUCACCAAUCUCUCCAACCUCAAACAAACACCUGGAGACCCAGUGGAAUACAUCCCCAAUCUUCCCUGGGUGGGCAAGCAUCCUUUCCUUCAGUUCAACAUGGAAUGCAUGAUGGAUUUGCCCUGAAUAGGGAAGACGGGGAUAGCUGGAAUGGGGAUCAAUAUUUGGCAAAAAAACAACCGGUAGAUUGCUAUUCUGCUAGUCCUCUACAUCGCGCUUCAAGUGGGAUUGGGGGAUCUGGUGGGCCUUGGCCGCUAAAUUUAUCCCCUCAUAAUGGUCUUGGCGUCAUGCCGAAUCCAUCACCAGUUUCAGCCGUAGGAUUAGCUGGGACAGCAUUAGAGAUGUUGAAUGCAUAUUGUGCAGAGAGCGGCUGGACAUGGCUGGAUGGAAUGCUUUUAGGAGGGUGCUUGGCAUAUGGAUUGGGUGAUUUACCUAGAGCUAUGGGGUGGUACUUUAGAAUACUGGAAGCGGAUGAAAAUCACGUUGAGGCAUUGUCAAACCUAGCCGCAACACUCCUUUCGCUGGGUCGUCGUGAAGAAGCAGAAAGAUACUGGCAUCGAGCAGUCAGAAAAAGACCUAGUUAUUUCGAAGCUGUUGAACAUCUUGUCGGGCUGCUUUGUGGCGCCCAUCGUGGCAAAGAAGCUGUUGACAUAAUUAAUUUCGUGGAAGUGUCACUACGUCGACCAGGUCGAUUUGGCGCCCGAAACCCAAGUUUCAGCAGUUCAUCAAGCGAUGAAUCGGUUCAAACAGCAUCUGAUAUUCAUUUUGAUUAUGAUGAGGACGAUGUCAGCCGCUUUACCAGGACCCACAAUAUUAUGAAUUAUGGGCUCAGCGAAUAUAUGAUACCGGCGUCAGAAAAUGGCCGCAUGCUUGGUCUGAUACAUGCUAAGGGAAAUACGUUAUAUCAACUGGGCGAUAACGCUGGAGCUGCGAGAGCGUUUGAGCAGGCCAUAUUACUCGGUGCAGGUAUGCAGAGAGGUGGUGUUAGAGGGUUGAUAAACCGCAUUCUUGCCGUUCUCAAGGCUUCCAUCGAUGGCGUCGUCAUACCCGAUAAUUUAGUCAUGAACGCUGUCCAUGGGCCAGUCCUCUUGAAUCCCCAAGCCGCCAUUCGCACCGCACAUCUUGUUUUCCAGCCAAGUGGCGAGCUUCCGGGACUCCGUGAUAUCUCAAACCCGGCGGCCAAGCGAGCGGCAAUCUCAACAACCAGUAAUUCACUAUUGUCACUUGCAAAAAUAUUUCAAGAUGGCAUGUCAUCCGGUAGCACCUUGGGUGCGCCUAGAUCUACUGCAGAAGUAAAGGACAUUCUGGCACUAUACUAUCUUUCCCUUUCGCUUCAUCCAAGCCCAUCGACAGCGAAUAAUGUUGGAAUUCUCCUUGCCAGCGUCCAGCCAGCCUCACCGCUCAUUGUGGCUCCAUCACAACACCCGCAGGUUCCCGGGAUCGGAGCGGGAGUUAGACUUGCGUUGGACUACUAUUACUACGGCCUCAACUUAGACUCACGGCAUGCACAUCUCUACACAAAUCUGGGUAGUUUGCUUAAGGAUAUCAAUCAAUUAAGCGCAGCAAUUAAAAUGUACGAACAGGCAGUCACUUGCGAUCCUAAAUUCGACAUUGCUCUUGCAAAUCUAGCAAAUGCAGUCAAGGAUCAAGGAAGGAUCGGAGAGGCUAUCGUGUACUACCGUAGGGCCGUUGAUGUUAAUCCAGACUUUGCGGAGGCUGUAUGCGGCUUGGCGAACGCUCUAAACAGUGUGUGCGACUGGAAAGGGAGAGGUGGUAUAGUCAGGGAUGACAGAGAUAGAUGGCAUGUGGAUGACAACAAACGACUUAUUGACUCCAAGGGCAAUGGCACUGUAUGCAGUGGCUGGAUGAAGAGAGUGGUACAGAUUGUGGAGAAACAACUCAAAGAGGGUGAAAGUUGGGGGAAAGGAAUUGUUUCUGGAGAUGCGGGAGAACUCUUGCUCAGGGAGCUUGAGAGGGCAUAUGGAUCGAAUUGGUCAGAAGAAAGAAGAACUGUUUUGAGGAAAAAUGUUGAAGGUUGGGCCGGAAAACCUUAUGAGGGGGCUAAGGUCAUUAGGAUGAUCGAACGGGCGUCUCGAAAAACAGUGUGGAGAUGGUAUCAAGAGAAGUAUGUGCAAGGGCUUGAUAAGUCUAAAAGAGAGUAUCUUAGGCCCACUGUUCCAGCAAACUUGACCACGCCAAGCGCCCCAACAGUUUUACCUUUCCAUACUUUCACUUGCCCUUUAUCUGCAAAGCAAGUUCGUCAAAUAUCUCAACGGAAUGGACUACGAAUAUCAUGUUCAACACUUCGGGCACCAUGGCUUCCCGUGCAUGUUUAUCCUCCGCCAGCGCCGCCUGCACCGCAUCUUAAAAUUGGCUAUGUAUCUUCCGACUUCAAUAACCAUCCUUUGGCGCAUCUGAUGCAGUCUGUAUUUGGAUUACAUAAUCCGUCUCGAGCCAAAGCCUAUUGUUAUGCUACUACCGCUAGUGAUAACUCGGACCAUCGGAAACAGAUUGAGAGGGAGGCGCCAGUAUUUUAUGAUGCCCAUACCUGGGGACCUGACCGUUUGGUUCGACAGAUAGUAGAAGAUGGUAUUCAUAUACUGAUUAAUCUUAAUGGCUUCACUCGGGGUGCCCGAAACGAGGUUUUCGCAGCGAGACCAGCACCGAUUCAAAUGAGCUUCAUGGGAUUCGCCGGUACGCUUGGUGCUGAUUGGUGUGAUUAUAUCUAUGCCGACUCUACAGCUGUCCCAGCCAGAACUCUGAGGCCAUCAAGGCGCAACGUUGAGCUUGAGGACGAUGGACACGAGGGCGCGAGCGAAGACAAUGAUGAUUGGGUGUAUUCAGAGAACAUAGUCUUUGCGAAGUAUACCUUCUUCUGUUGCGACCAUAGACAAAGCGCCCCGGACUCUAAAUCAAGGCAAUUGAGCUGGGAAGAAGAGCAAGCAAGAAGGUGGGCAAAGAGGAAGGAGUUGUUCCCAAAAUUACGGUCUGAUGCUGUGAUUCUUGGGAAUUUCAACCAGCUGUAUAAGAUCGAGCCCACAACGUUUAGGACCUGGCUUCGCAUCCUUGCCCGUGUUCCGAAGGCGGUCCUAUGGCUUCUACGUUUCCCUGACCUUGGAGAAACAAAUCUUAAAGACUUAGCCCAGGAAUGGGCUGGCGAAGAAGUCACUUCACGUAUCAUCUUUACCGAUGUUGCACCAAAGCUUCAACAUAUAUCAAGGGCCCAGGUUUGCGACGUGUUUCUCGACACACCCGAAUGCAACGCCCACACCACUGCGGCGGAUGUACUUUGGUCUGGAACGCCACUUUUAACAUUCCCUCGUCAUCAAUACAAGAUGUGUUCCCGAAUAGCAGCAAGUAUUCUUCGAGCUGCAGUUCCGCAAACAGCAGAAGGGAAAGCAACUGCAAAUAGUUUGAUAGUCGCUAGCGAAAACGAAUACGAAAAUCGUGCUGUUGAACUAGCAAAUGGACUGGUUUAUGGAGAGGAAGGGAGGGGAAAUGGAGAAUUGAACGAUGUCAGAAAGGUCCUGUUCGAGCACAGGUGGAAAAGCGCACUGUUUGAUACAAAGCGUUGGGUUAGCGAUUUAGAAGAUGCAUACGAAGAAGCAUGGAAGAGAUGGGUAAAUGCGGAAGGUGGGGACAUCUACUUGGAUGACCUGAAAAGAAAGUGA